CUCUCUCUCUCUCUCUCUCUGAAACUCUUGGUAUAAAGCCUGACAAAUGCCGAAGUUGUCUCUGUCCUGUUCUUGAGUCUCUCGACCCUGUCUUCGUCUUCAGAAACAGAGAAGAAACUUUUGCUGAGAAAAGAUGGUUGGUGGUGGUGGGGGUUCAAAUAUUCCACGGUGGCUCCAAAUUCUCCUCGGAGAGAAGUUCUUCAAUCCUUGCGGAGUUCACGACUGUGCGAAGAAGAAGGAGAAGAACACGUUUUGCUUGGAUUGCUGCGUCAGCAUUUGCCCUCAUUGCUUGCCUCCUCAUCGCCAUCACCGUCUCUUGCAGAUAAGGAGGUAUGUGUACCACGAUGUCAUUCGCUUGGGUGAUGCGCAGAAACUGCUCAACUGUUCCCUCGUCCAACCAUACACAACAAACAGUGCCAAAGUGGUGUUCUUGAACCAGAGGCCAAUGUCCCGCCCAUUCAGAGGCUCAGGCAACUUCUGCAUCACUUGCGACCGAAGCCUCCAAGAAGGCUUCCUCUUCUGUUCUCUCUCGUGCAAGGUUCACCGCCACAUGACCAAACAAAUUGGCCUCAAGAAACGGCUCCGAAAUCACAGCUGCAAGCCCCUUCCGUCACUGAACAAGCCACCCAGCGAGGGCUUCCCAGAGCUGGAAGAUGGACACGUCACCCCCGACUCGGUCCUCGAUCCGCCCGUCUCGCCGCCCGAUUCCCCCGACCCAACCUCCAGUGCCGAGUUCGUCAAGAGGCGGCGCAACCGUCCGGUCCCGAUGACCCGGGUGACGGGUCAGCUCAGGUGCCUGCCGGCGACGGACGUGGCCGGCUUCAUGAACAGGCGGAAGGGCGUCCCGCAACGGUCGCCCCUGUACUGACCUCGCGGCCGGAGACGGUUGGGUGCAAUUUCGCGCUCUGACAAGAAAGAAACACACUGUUCUCUCCCUUUUUGUAAAGUGAUCAUCAUCAUUGUACUGAAAAUAUGCAUGCAUGGUUGCAAUUUGCCGGUAGUCAAUUAUAUGCGCUAAUUAACCAGCCAGUUUGCCAGAAUUAGCUAGACAGCAUUUCGACUGGUCCUGUGUAGGUCCGCUGAGCUUUAGAUCUCCAUCCUUUGAUCUGUUGGGUUUUGUCUUGUGUAACGGUGUUGGAUGUAAGAGAAAAGGGCAUGGAUGAGCAGCAAUGGCGUUAGUAAAUGCGAUUCGAAGGCCCGGCUUGC